AUGCGUGUCUACUUUCCCAAGGGUCUGAAUCAGAGAUUCUCACUAAGUCACAGUAUUGUUAUGGGGCCUACAGAACUCCCUUCUCAAUUAGCUGACUUGGGUAGUGAUUACAGGACACAAUUCAAACUAAGAAAUGGUGGCCUCCUUGGAGCUAGUUAUAUCCAGCAAAAGGUUAGGAAUUUUGAGAAGAAAGCUGACAAGAAGCUCAAUGGUUGGGGCUUCUUUGGGUCCAAGUUUGAAGAUGCUGGUGAUUUAUACGAAAAAGCUGCCAAUUCUUACAAGCUUGCCAAAUCAUGGGACCAAGCUGGAUCUGUGUAUGUCAAGCUGGCUGACUGUCAUCUGAAAAUGGAUAGCAAACAUGAAGUUGCUAGUGCUUAUGCUGAUGCAGCUCACUCAUACAAGAAAACAAGCACCAAGGCGUGCAUAGCUAACCUAGAGCAAGCAUUAAACAUUUUCAUGGAAAUUGGAAGACUCAGCAUGGCUGCCAGAUAG